AUGGUGGAGGUCUCACUGUGCUGCGCAAUUGUCGGGAAGGAAGGAGGCGUGUUCGGUGUGAAGAUCGACAAAGGCGUCCAGGUGUGGGAGUUGAAGGACGCGAUCAAGGCGAAGAACCCGAACGACUUCAAAGAUGUCGAUGCAUACAAGCUGCAGCUCUUCCUGGCGAAGAAGGGCGACGCGUGGCUGCCGGACGACGACCCUGCUGCACAAGAUCUGGACAAAGGGAUGAUCCAUCAGGAUGUACAAGCCUUGAUUGAUGGAGAGAAAAUGGUGGCGACGUGGACGGUCGAAGAUUGUUUGAUAGCCAACAAGAUGACAGGACAGCAGUACGCCCCGAAGUCGAGACAAGUUCACGUGCUGGUGGUGGUUCCUGACGAGGCUGGAGGUGCCGUGGCGUCAGUUGAGCCCUCGGCUGCGCCAACGACAAUUCAUCGUCAUCCCGAACGCCUCAAGCGAUGGGCUGCAAUUAAUGAAAUGAUCCGACAGAAGAAUCGAAACGGAAACGAGAAGACGAGCAAUCAAGAAACCAACAAGAAGCGAAAAAAGCACGAUGUCGACAGGCCUGUGGGUUAUUCGAGUCUUUGUUGGGAAGAUAUCAAUCCUAUAUACAACUUUGAGUCUUACAAGCCUCAGCCAAGCGAUGUACCUGACGCCGACAUCGACCUACUCCUCGCUCGUAUUGUUGACUUACGGAAACUGUAUGGUGAAGUUACCGACGGGACAGAUGCGAAGAGAUUAUUUUUCAUCGCUCCAAUCCUCGAGACAGUCAGCCGUCUGCUCGGUGAUGUCCAGAUAUUAGUGGAAGAGGACAUGAGUGGAAAGAACGUGCUCGUUAAAGGUCGAUUCGAGUUUGUGUUGGAGCGUGGCAAUAAAAAAGUAUUCAUCGUCGAGGCAAAAAAAGAAGAUAUGGAGCAAGGAGUUGUUCAAAAUGUGACGGGGCUCGAAGCGCUGGCUGAUGUUGAAGAACUUUCUGUGACUUAUGGCAUCGUGACAAACUACCUCGAGUGGAGGUUCUUAGUCAGUGAAGACGAGAGGGUUCGAAAACAGGUAUAUUCUCUCAGUGUCUCGGAUACGCUACCGUCGUUUGCAGGAUUGAAAAAAGUCGUCGGGACGAUUCAUUGCAUGCUCUCGAAUAAUCAAUGA